AAGAAAGUGAUAAUGAAAGUGAUUUUAUAUUUCAGGUGUAAUCAGUGGUUAGGAAACUGAAUACACCCAAACUGAUAAAACAUUUACAGAUAUAUUUCGACAUUUUUUUUUGGGAAUUACGGAUGGGGGAAAUCCAGUGGGUCGAAGACUGGUCCUCUGCAUUAUAUAGUCAUCUGCUCUACCAACUGUCUGGCCUCCGGGGAUCGAACCCAGUUGACCGCCGUAUUUCUCCCUCCGUUAAUGUAUUUACCCAUCAGAACUUUAUCAUCUGCCUAAUUCAGGGACAGGUCUAUGGCACGAAAUGUAACAGGAAUGAAAAAUUGCAUCAAACCAAACCAGAAUUCGAACCCGGGUCCCUGCAUUCUCUACUCAUGUGCUCUUUUUAUAUCUACUGUUAAUUAUCAAUCAGUCGUUGAUAUAUGUGCCAUCAAUUAAAAUCGUAUUCAAACCACCUUACAUUUGAAAAAUGUAAAACAAAAUCCUCUCUCUUUCUUUUACUAGAAGAAUUCUACGUAAAACAUUCUUUCUAAACAGGUUCUUUUUCUUACCUAUACCCCAAUAAUAGUCAAAUGAUUAUACGAAAUAUAAUCCAUCAGAUGUUCUACCAACAGAACUAUAUGACCACCGAUGAUUUAAUCCAGUUGAUCACUAGUGUGUUACGAUAACUUUUAAAUAUCUUGAAAUUAUAAAAGUGAAUUAGAUAGUACAUAUAAUUGUUAUAUUUUGAUUAGCACUAACAUAUACUCUUUUAAAUAUGAUUUUAUACAAGGUACAAGACUUACAAAACUUCCGGUGCAAUGAAUAGUGAUACAAGCUUAUAAAAGAUGAGGGGGAGAAUAUUAUCUUUAUUCACUUGCCUGCAUUUACUAGUGUAUAUGGUUUAUGGAACAAAAUAUUCUUACAUGUACAUGUAUGUUGUUAUUUACUCAUCUGUUUCUAAAACAAUACAUGUCCUAAAACCAGAAAAACAUGGCAAAGAAACCGGAAGUGAUUGAGGACAUCAGUCGUUGCCGUCAGGUAGUUGACAUCUUGUCACGUGAAGAGGUUCUGGCUGUGGACUGCGAAGGGGUGUCACUAGGCAGAGACGGUCCUCUGACUCUGGUACAAGUGGGUACUUAUUCCGGGGACGUCUAUUUGUUCGAUAUUCAACGUAAUAAAGAUCUGUUGAAAGGGGGGAAAUUGGGACAACUUCUGGAGUCGAUUGCUAUUGUGAAGGUGAUCCAGUCGUGUGCAAAUGACAGUGCGGCGUUGUACUAUCAAUUCAAUGUGACUCUUCAAAAUGUCUUUGACACACAGGUCGCAAAUCUUGUGAUCCAAGAACACCAAGGACGUAAGUUGGCGCCUCUUCUUAAAUUGGAUGUCAUUUGUGAGAAAUAUUCAGGGAAGAAAGGCGUGUCGGAACACAAAGAAGAUUUACAGAGCGAAUGGAUGAAAAUGACUGGCGAUCUUUGGGCAAAACGGCCAAUGACAGAGGAAAUGAUACAGUAUGCGGCUGGUGACGUCACAGCAAUUGUACCAGAAGUCUAUGAAAACCAGAAAAAGUAUCUAGAAGAGAACAAAUUACAAAAGAAGUUCGAGGACAGAGUUCACGAAGAGAUAUUCUACUUCAUUGACCAAAGCAUGAAAACGCAGAGACGAGAAAGAGUUGAUGCCAUCGCAAAAGGCAUUUGUGCUAACAUAAAUGCCACUUACUCCACAAACACUAGCAUAAAUGACUUUGAAGAGGACAAAGAUGAAAUUCGUGGUCUGCAAAGAAUACACUACAGUGAUGCUUCUGCUAUGUCACCGCUCAUAAACCGCUUAAAAACAGAACUCAUCCGGAAAGAGCUGAACGAACUUUUAGAAAAACUUGACAGUGAAGGAGACAGUUUUGUUUUGAGUUGGAGAUCAAAAGCUCGGUUUAUAGACUAUGAAAGACAUCCCGAUGGUUCUAUCAGAGAAGAUGCGAAAAGAGUCAUCAAGAAGAUGAAUGAUAUCGCAAUGAAGGAUGUAUGUAGGAAAUAUAACAUGAACACAAAACUAAGUCAUGUUCGUCAGAUGGAGAAAGAAACCCUCCGCUCACUUCGUCCGAAUAGUAUCAGCGAUCCAAGCAUCCACCAAGUUCCACUGCGUCUGUACUGGCUUUUGAUGGAAGACGAUUUGGACAAAAAAAUUACCGAAUUUCAAACAAAACGGAGGGAAUUUAAAAUGGCAGAAGGUUACUAUAAAAAGAUGAAGUAUUACAUCGCAAAACAAACCAGUGUCCCUCACACAAUCAAGAGAAAAGCACAAAUGUUGAAAGAUGAAUUGGAUCUUACAUUCGGACGUGAUGUCAUUCCUACCUAAAUCAGACUUGCUGCUCUACUGGAAGUUUUAACAACAUAGGCCGUCUGUCUGCAUGGAGACAGUUCGUUUAUACCUUUUGAUUUUGUUUUUAUCACACCUGGUUGUUAGGGAACAUUUGGUUUACCUUUUGAUUGUUUAUCACACCUGGUGUUGUACACUGGUUUUAUAUCUUUUGUUUAUUUUCCCUUAAUUUAUGGUACCUAAUUCGGUGAAUGUUAUGUAUUUACUUUCAUGAAAUGUAUCCAAAUAAUGUAAACAAUAUAUAUACAUAUUAUAUGUAUUAAAUGGAGUGUAAUUUCUACUAACAUA